UUGCGCAUGGCAGGCUGCAUGGUGGAAAGUUAUUUGCGUGUUAUUGCCAGUUUUGGCUUCAGUAAUUAUUUCAUAACAUAUUCCAGACAUUCGAAUUGCUUGUUGAAAGAAAAUCAUGGCGGAAACAAAUCUUGACGAUUUCUUCGCUAAAAAAGAUAAAAGCAAGAAGAAAUCAAAGUCAAAAUCGUCGCCCGUUGAUCGACCGAAUAUUUUCGGCGACUUUGAAAAACAAGAUUCAGAAAGUAAACCGAAAAAGGAAAAGAAGAAGAAAGAUAAGGAAAAAAGCCAAAAGACGCAGAGUACCCUGAGUUCGUCUGGUCUGAUAAGUGCUAUAACUCAACAGGAAGAUGAUGAAUGGAAAGAUUUUGAGGAAGAGAAGGAGAAGGAUUACUCUGGACUUAGAAUACAGAAUUUACAAAUAACAAGUAAAGAAGAAGAGGAGGCGGAGGAAGAGGAAGUCCAAGGAGAGGAUGGAGAAAUAAAAGAAAGAAAGGGAGGCAGUCAGGUUCCCUGGUUACAGGGUGGACCGCAACCUGCUCAGUCACAACAAAGGCCACCAUCUCCUGUGAAGGAGGAAGAGAAACCAGCGGAGGAGACAACUCCGCAGCAACCCAAGAAGUAUGUGCCACCUGGCGCCCGUGCUGCUGCGAUGGCUGGUGGAUCGGGAGAUCGCAUGAACUCACGCAGAAAGAAAGAGGCUCCUAAUAUAAGCAGUGAGCACGAUUUCCCCACGCUUGGAGGAGGACGUUCAGAAUCAAAUCGGAGUAAUCCUGAAGUUCAGUCGCAAGGCUAUGGGAGCUCUUCUCAGCGGGCUCGUGGCCCCCACCUCAGUUUGGAAAACAAGUUCUCCGCGUUACAGGACUAACACCAUAUUUUAUUAAUUCUGUUUACUUGUUUUCUUGGUAUGAAGUCUUUAUGUACAUAAGAACUCUCUGCAUGCUUGUGAUGGUUUCGUCGUGGUCAGCGGAGUUUGAUACCAGGGUUGAGUUAUUUAUGGAAAUGAUAACAAUUUUUUUUUAAUGAUUACUCACGUAUGAUGAGCAAUUUUCUUACCCUGGCCAUUUUUGUUCUAAAUGUUAAAGUUUAAUGACUUAGCAGUUACAAAUGUGGUUCUUUGCAGAACUGUUCCUAAAGGGAUUGCAACACUGAAUUUUCAUAUUUUGGGAUCACAGGGUUAGCUCUGGGCGAGUAGAAACUUUCGCCAAAUUAUCUGUUAAAUCUUAAAAAAUUGCAGAAUCCAGUUAUUAUCCAACAUAAUAUCAAUUAUUACUAAAAAUUAUUUCGCAAAAUCAAAGUAAAAUUCGUCAGUUGCAUUUAAAAUUUGCAAUUGGUGAAUUUGGCGAGUGCCAGAGCUAGCCCUGGAUCGGUUCACAUAAAACGGUGGAAUUUAACUUCACACACAUAAGUUACUGUUUGUGGCAGUCCCAAGUUAUACAUAAAAACUUUAAAGAUGUUCAAUAUAUUUCAUGUUUUUCGGCAUUCUUUCAGUUGAAUACAGGUCUGGACAUCUAUCUAUAAACACAGGCUUUCGAUUUUAGCCUACUUAUUCUAAAAGCAAGUUUUUAUAAGAAAAAUACAACUUCGAGCCAAUUUAGAAUAACCCUAGUAGCAACAGAUUUCAUUUCAUAAUCACACGGAAGUCGGUUCUUAACAGUUAAUUGAAUCUUUUCAGCACAUUUGGAAUGAUAAGCGUCAAGUAUGAAAAAUGACAUGGAACUUAGUAUUUACAAUUUCAAUCUGAUGUUUAGUAAAAAGUUAGUUCUGUACGUAUUUUAAGUUCACUUUCCAAGAAUUAUUAAUCAAAGCUUGAAAUUAAUUUUGGUGAGUGGGAAGCAAUCUUUGCAUCUCUGAUUUAAAUAUUAAAGCAAAUACAUGAACUAGAAA